ACGAAGUGAGGAGGGCUCAAAUACACAAAGGGCUUGUUCUGCUACUUCACUGUGCGUCUGACUUGGCCCGUGGGGAAGAGAUGCACAGCUAAACUGGAUUACAGGUCAUGUGCUGUCAGAGCCAAGCAGGCUUGAACUGUACCUGAGGAUUCAAACCUCCACAGGCUGGCUGCUUCAGCUUCCCUGGCUGCUUCAUUCUCCUGUUCUCCUGAAAGCCAUGUCAGAUAACACAGAGAGAAGGAGUGGGGAAGGAGGGCAGGGGAACCUAAAACCCAAUGUCAAACCACAGUAUGACCAGAAGGCCAAAAACCAACAGCGCACACAGGAAAAGCCAGAAAAAUGGGACAGGCCCCCUCGGAGGAGCCGUAGUAGUGAUUCAGAGCGCCGCGGCAGACGGAGGAAGCGGGAUAGAGAGCAUGGGCAUAGGAGGGAGCGAGGUCGAAGUGAAGAGGGACGGCGUUGUGGCCGGGAACGGAAAGGUGACGGCACAGGUUGGGAUAAAUACCCCGAAGACAACCUGGAAGACACAGAGUGUCCUGUGUGCUUCUGCACUUAUGACAAUGUCUUUAAGACCCCUAAGAUGCUGGCCUGCGGCCACACCUUUUGCCUAGAGUGCCUGGCACGCAUCAACGUCUCCUCUGCAGAGAUCAAGACGCUGUCCUGCCCUGUAUGCCGGGAACUGACUGAAAUACGGCGCGGUCGAGACCUGCCACAGCUUGGCAACAAUGAGGACAUUUUCCGCAAGCUGCCCCCUCAGAUGCAGAGGGCCCAGUCUGUACGCUUUGAGCGCAGCAAAGGCAAACUUGUCCUCAAGAGGCCUCCUCCAGGAAGCAGCCCCUCGAAGAUGAGCCUGAAACUGCCAGGGUUUGACAAACAGCAAAGACAGGUGCAGCCGGGCCCAGAUUUGUCUAGCAGAGUCAUAGAAGAGAGUAUUGCUGUGGUUACCAUUAUAGAUGUGGGGAGACCCCCAAACAGGAUGAGAGGACGCAUGGGAAGAGUCUUCCAUUCUAACCGCUGCUACUAUACUGUGGUGGCUGCCAUCAUCGUUGUCACGGUGGCACUGAUGAUAGUGGGCAUUUUGACCUUUGUGGUGAUGCCAAACCUGAGAAUUCAAGGAGCUCCACCACCACAACAAGGAAACGAUUUCCACCAAAACCACACUGACGGUUGAGUUCGAGGAUAAAGACAAACCAACCAAACCAGCUGGUACUGUGACAUGGGACAGUGGAUGACCCUUAUCUAUUUGUGAAAAACCUUUUGAAUAGUUUUGACAGGAUGCACUGCAGUCUGUAAAACCUGUUUGUGUUUGUAAAUGCAAAGAAGGAACUCUAGAGACAAUGGGCAAAGAUGGGAGCCUCCCGAUGGCCCUGAAGAGACAGGAGUUUCCACACAAAAAGACAAAUCUGCACUGUAACAGUUUCAACAGUGACAGAAAAAAAAAAACACUCCACAAAUCGCUGACAAGUAUCUAAGAUGAACAAAACACAAAUGCCUUUGCUAGCAACCAUAAUGAUCACAUACUUGUUGUACAUGCUGUAUUUUUUAGCUUUUUCAGAGAUUUGGAAAUUAUACAAUUGUUUCAGUCAGUCUAAUGCUUUUACAAUGUAUUUCACUGGACAGUCACAAAGAGGGACUGAUGCCUUAUAAAGAGUAUAUUGUCAACAUUAA